AUGCGUUACCAACAUAUAAUCGCGACCUAUGUCGCGUGGAUAAUGUCAGAGACCGUUGCCACGCCAGUCCCAGUCAGCAACAACGACAUCAGCCUCCCCCAACCUACUAUCUUAGAUACCCGGCAAGCAACUUGCGAAACAAAGGCACUUUCCAACCAAACAUGGAUAGAGGAAGAUGUUGACGGCUUUUUGGCGAACGCCUCGCAACAUUACAUCCAAUACCCCAACAACAACAUUCAGGCACUGGGAGCCUACCUCGGCGCACCAAACUUCUUUUGCGGCGUAAAUGAAUGGUGCAAUGCUGGACAGCCAUGCUCCCCUGUCCAACUUCCUGGAUGGUAUGCGCUCAUGGGCAUCCAGGGAUGGAACAAUUAUGUCAACAACCUUAACCUCGCUGUGACAUACACAGCAGCUAUCUUGGGCAUGCGGCUUUCCAAGAUGGUCACCGAAUUGUGGCCGAAGCCAAAGGACAACGUCACGGGCUGGAAGAUGGCCAUUGCGUGGAUGAACGGUAUCCUCAACGCUUUCCCGACCACUGCAGUGUUCGGAGCUGUUCAGGGUGGUAUUGCCUCAGCGGUACAAGGAAACAACAUCAUCGUGAGCGGUAUGUUGGUGGCGCCGACCGCAGACAAGGAAUUCGUGAGGUGGACGGCCAUUGGCGACCAGAUGGGCCAGAAGUUGGAUGAAUACAAAAAGUCCAUCGGCCAAUACGCGCGAAACAUCAUCGACGCACCCAUCAACGACACCAAGUGGGGCAUCAACACCGUCCUCCACGGCGGCAACUACCUCGUCCGCAACAAGAAUUUCACACAAGACGACGUCGAGAACUGGAUGUACAAGACCGUCAGCAUCAACGCCAUGGGUCUGAUCCUGCAGGCCCAGAACGUCUUCAUCUUCCGGGUCUACAAUAUGACGGAAUGCGAUCCUAACGAUUACUACAAGGACUAUAGGAGCGCCUUCUACUGCCAGCAGCAGCCCAACGGCCUUUGGACCAAGUACCGGCUGCAGAAGAAGGGUAGCGACGACUUCGUGCCCGAACAUCGCCUCGCAUCUAAGCUGCAAGACGUAUACGGCCUGACUAAGGAGGACAUCUUCCUCGGGCCCACAACCUGCUUCGACACGCACGACUACGAGCAGCUGACCAACCCUUGGGAAGAGGUGUCACCGAACGGCGUUUUGUUCGACGCAAUGCAGCCUUGCAACUUCAACUUGAAUGUUUGCACAGUGGACAACGCAGAGAAGGAUCUUUAUGGGAAGUCUGAGUUUGAUUACUACGAGAACGAGGGCGAUUGGUGGUGCGAAUUGCAGGGUAUCACAUGGGUCUAG